AUGCCCUCACUCGAGCCCUUUUAUCCAGAGGUUAUCCAUACCAAUGGCGUAUACGUCACUGGACUGGUUAUCAUUGGCUUGGUAUUAAUUUCCAUCUCAUGGGCAUAUGGCACAGACAUCAAAUAUAUCAAGGGCAUACCUGAAGUGCCUGGAGCAAUUCCUAUCUUCGGUCAUCUGCUGAAGCUCGGCGAAGAUCAUGCUUCUUCUUGCGAGAAGUGGUGGCGGCAGUAUAAUGAACCUGUCUUCCAAAUCAAGCUGGGAAACACCCGAGCCGUGGUAUUCAACUCAUUCGAAGCCUGUCGCGAUAUUCUUGUCAAGCACCACAACGCAGUGAUAGACCGACCUAAGCUUUACACGUUCCACGGAGUCAUCAGCAGUACACAAGGUUUUACCAUUGGAAGCAGCCCUUGGGACUCCAGCUGUAAGAACAAGCGCAAAGCAGCUGGAACUGCUCUCUCCAGACCGGCUAUGCGUAACUACCAUCCGAUGUUCGACCUGGAGAGUUUCUGCAUUCUACGAGACAUGCAUAAGGAUUCCAACAACUCUGAUCCCAACAUUGAGAUCAGCAUCAGACCAUACAUUCAACGCUUUGCUCUCAAUACUACCCUCACUUUAUGCUACGGUAUACGCAUGGACGACACGUACGAUGAUCUUCUCCGUGAGAUAUUGCACGUCGGAUCUGCCAUAUCGCUUCUGCGCAGUGCAUCGGAGAACAUGCAAGACUACGUCCCAGCACUACGUUAUCUUCCUAACAACGACAAAACCACUCGCUCCAAGGAUCUCAGAUCUCGACGCGACGCAUAUCUCAAUCUUCUACUGGAUAAGGUUCGUGAGAUGAUCAAGAAGGGAACCGAUAAGCCGUGCAUCAGUGCCGCCAUUCUCAAGGAUGAGGAGACCAAGUUGACAGGAGUUGAGGUAUCGUCCAUCUGCUUGUCUUUGGUCAGUGGCGGCUUUGAGACUAUUCCAGGAACCUUGACCUCAUGUCUGGGAUCACUCUGCACGCCGGAAGGUCAGAUCUUCCAGGAGCGCGCUUACGCUGAUAUCAAGCGUCACUAUCCAGAUAUCCGUAACGCAUGGCAGAACAGCUUCCAAGAGGAGAAGGUGCCAUACUUGAAGGCAAUCAUCCAGGAAGCCGGACGCUACUACACUGUGAGCUCUAUGAGUCUACCACGUCGGACUGUAACGGAAGUAAACUGGAACGGCGCAAUCAUUCCACCAAAAACGAUGAUUUUGGUGAACGCACAAGCCGGUAACCAUGAUUCUGACCACUUCGGUCCGGACGCGAAGACCUUCAACCCAGAGCGUUGGCUCGAGCCUAUAACCGAGAAGAACCAUAUGGGUCCUUUCCAAGAACGAGUUCUGACAUCGCAAGCUCACUUGUCGUUCGGCGCUGGCACCCGCGCUUGCAGUGGUCAACUGAUUGCUACGCGUCUAUUAUAUUCGGCCCUAAUUCGCAUCUUGUCUUCCUACAAGAUCGUUGCAUCUGAAUCUGAGCCUCCCAACACUGAUUAUGUGGACUACAACCAGUUCAAGACCGCACUGGUAGCAAUUCCGCGCGACUUCAAAGUAAGACUCAUUCCACGCGAUAAGCAGACGAUGGAGGAGUGUAUGCAAGCCGCGUAUGAACGCACGAAGGAGCAUUAUAAGGAGGAUGUCAAAUCUGUGUAG